AUGGGUUCUUCAGCUCCGCCUUCUGGCUCCGAUCCGUUGAAUGUGACAGCACCGACGGGAACAGAUCAAUACGAUAAUCCAUAUUUCUUGCACAGCAGCGAACUUGUUUUAGUCUCCGAUCGACUCUCUACGCCGUCGGAUUUUCACUCUUGGCGCAGAUCCGUGCGUAUGGCGUUGAAUGUGCGCAACAAAUUGGGAUUCAUCGAUGGUACGAUUUCUCGUCCUCCUCCAACUGAUAGGAAUUAUGGUGCGUGGUCUAGGUGUAACGAUAUUGUAGCGACUUGGUUGAUGAAUUCUGUAUCCAAGAAGAUUGGGCAAAGUCUCUUGCUCAUUUCCACUGCUGAAGGGAUUUGGAAUAAUUUGCUCUCUCGAUUCAAACAAGACGAUGUACCUAGGGUUUAUGAUAUUGAGCAGAAGCUGAGUAAAUUGGAACAAGGAUCAAUGGAUGUUUCCGCUUACUAUACAGAGUUGAUUAUUCUUUGGGAAGAGCAUAAGAACUAUGUCGAAUUGCCAGUUUGUACUUGUGACAAAUGUGAGUGUGAUGCUGCGUGCUUAUGGGAGAAAUUGCAGCAUAGGAGCCGUGUUACGAAGUUCUUGAUGAGUCUUAAUGAGUCGCAUGAGCAGACUCGCCGUCACAUUCUGAUGAUGAAGCCUAUUCCAACGAUUGAGGAGACUUUCAAUAUAGUCACUCAAGAUGAGCGUCAGAAGCUUCUUCGACCCGUGUCUAAUGUGGUUGCCUUUAACAUGAAUACUAGUGGUUAUGAUGGUCAAGGUCAUGGUGAUGAUCCCAAUCUUGUGGCUGCUUAUAUGGGCAGAGGAACUCAGAAACCUGUUUGUACGCAUUGUCGAAAGAUGGGACAUACUGUUCAGAAGUGCUUCAAGAUUCAUGGUUUUCCUCCGGGAUACAAAACAAAUACUUAUGCAUCGAAGCAGCAACCUUCUGGUCAACAGAGAAUGCCUCCGGCACCAUCUUCUCAGUCUCAGUCUCACAUGCCUACCUAUUCAGCUAAUGUUCAGUCAGCAAAUGCCAUUGCGAACGUCUAUGCUGAUGCAGGGGGAUCUUAUGCUUAUGCACCUGUUCCAGUUGCUAGUGGAGAUACUACAGUGAGCAUUCAGAAUUAUUCUCCACAACAACUUCAAGACUUAGUGGCACAGUUUCAUUCUCAGGUGAAAGUUCCGGUUCCUGUUGCUCCUCCUUCGCAGACGGCUACGAUCACAGAUCAUGGGGUCAUGGCUCAGUUUUCUACUUCUGGUAAUGUUUCAUUUCCUUCUACCAGCCUUCGUUAUGCAAACAAUGACCUUACCUUUCAAAAUCAUAGCCUUUCCUCCUUACAACAACUCUUGCCUAGUGAUGCUUGGAUCAUAGAUAGUGGAGCCUCUAGUCAUGUAUGUUCUGAUCUAGCUAUGUUUAGCGAACUUACACCUGUAGCUAGUGUCACUGUCACUCUUCCUAAUGGUACUAGAGUUCCUAUCACACACACAGGCACAAUUCAUAUCACUGAUUCUUUGAUUCUCUAUGACGUUUUGCAUGUUCCUGCAUUUCAUUUCAAUCUCAUCAGUGUUAGUUGUUUGGUUCGUACUUUGUUGUGCUCUGCUCAUUUCUAUCCCACUUGUUGUUUCAUUCAGGAACUUUCUCAGGGCUUGAUGAUUGGAAGGGGUAAACUAUUACACAAUCUAUACGUUCUGGAUACUCCGACGCAUACUACCUCUUCUUCAUCAUUGCCUUCUUUCUGUGGUUCUGUUUUGGUUGAUGAUAAUGUUUGGCGUCAGCGUCUUGGCCAUCCUUCUCUUCCUACCAUGCAGAAGUUGAAAGCUGCUUUACCUUCUAGUGCUAUUGUUUCUGAUUCUUUUCAUUGUUCAAUUUGUCCUUUAGCUAAACAAAAGCGUCUUGCGUAUGUUUCUCAUAAUAAUUUGGCUUCUAAGCCGUUUGAUCUAGUUCAUAUUGAUAUCUGGGCAUUUCUUACUCUUGUUAAUAAUCAGUUCAAUUGCCAAGUAAAGUCCAUUAGAUCUGAUAAUGCACCUGAAUUGGCUUUCACUGAUUUACUUCAUGAAAAAGGCAUUAUUCACCAGUUUUCUUGUGCCUAUACUCCUCAGCAGAACUCAGUAGUGGAACGGAAACAUCAACAUCUUUUAAAUGUGGCUCGUGCAUUGCUUUUCCAAUCUAAUGUUCCCUUGAAGUAUUGGAGUGAUUGUGUGCAUACUGCUGUGUUUUUGAUCAAUCGCAUGCCUUCUCCUUUACUUGGAAACAAAUCUCCUUUUGAAUUGUUGAUGUCCAAGGCCCCUGAUUUUAGUCUUUUAAAAUCUUUUGGCUGUCUUUGCUAUAUGUCCACUUUGUUGAAAGAUCGAAACAAGUUUUCUCCUCGAGCUAAACCGUGUGUUUUUCUGGGAUAUUCCUCUGGUUACAAAGGUUAUAAAGUGUUGGAUCUUGAAUCGCAUUCUGUUUCUAUUUCUCGCAAUGUUGUAUUUCAUGAAACUGCUUUCCCGUUUAAAACUAGUGAAUUCGUUUCUGAAGCUGUUGAUAUGUUUCCUAAUACGAUUUUGCCUCUUCCUGCACCAUUGCAUUUUGUUGAAACAAGACCUUUUUCUUGCACUGAUCCACCUGAUACUGAACCUGUUGAACCUGUUGCAUUUGAUAAUCUUGUUGAUUCUUCUCCUGUUGUUAAAUUGCAUUCUCAUGACAUUCAUGCAUCAUCUGCACCCACACGUCAGGAACCUAGGACCACUACGGUAGCUCGUGAUACAGUGACACAGGACAUAGGUGUAGAGUAUGUACCUAUAGCUAGGCCUAAACGUAAUGCUAAGGCUCCUCGCUAUCUUUCUGAGUAUCACUAUAACCUUUUACCAUCUUCUUCUUUUGACCCUCUUCCACAUCAUACAACCCCUUAUCCCAUUUCUGACUUUCUUUCCUAUGAUAAACUCACUCCUCUUUUUCAGUCCUAUAUUUUUGCCUAUAACGUUGAGAAAGAACCUAAAACUUUUGCUGAAGCCAUGGCCUCUGAGAAGUGGAUUGCUGCUGCGAAUGUUGAGCUACAGGCUCUGGAGGCUCUUCGUACUUGGGAUAUUGAAUCUUUGCCACCAGGUAAGAAUGUAGUUGGCAACAAAUGGAUAUGGACGAUCAAGUAUUUGUCGUCUGGUCUUGUAGAAAGAUAUAAGGCUCGAUUGGUGGCUCAUGGUUAUACACAGGAAGAAGGCGUGGACUAUUUUGAUACUUUCUCUCCAGUUGCUAAGCUUACAAGUGUCAAAUUUCUUCUUGCUAUUGCUUCAGCAGCUGGAUGGAGUCUUACGCAGAUGGAUGUGUCUAACGCAUUUCUCCAUGGAGAUCUUGAGGAGGAGAUUUAUAUGCGCUUACCUCAAGGAUAUACUCCUCCCGCGGGAACUGUUUUGCCUCCGAAUCUUGUUUGUAAAUUGCGAAAAUCUCUCUACGGACUCAAACAAGCUUCGCGACAGUGGUACAAGCGUAUUUCCUCUGUUUUGAUGGGUGCCAAUUAUAUUCAAUCGCCAGCUGAUAACACACUCUUUGUGCGCAUCACGGUGGUUUCAUUUGUUGCUAUGUUGGUAUAUGUGGAUGAUCUCAUGAUAGCCAGCAACAACAAUGAUGCAGUUGAUGAUUUGAAGGGUUUUCUGCAUUCAGAGUUCAAGAUCAAAGAUUUGGGUCCUGCUCGUUUCUUCCUUGGUCUUGAGAUCGCACGAUCCUCUGCAGGUAUCUCUGUAUGCCAACGCAAAUACGCCUUGAAUUUGUUGGAAGAUGCCGGCUUAUUGGGAUGCAAACCGAGUUCAGUUCCUAUGGACCCUUCUCUCCAUCUUCGAAUGGAUACUGGCACUCUGCUGCCUAAUGUGACGAGCUACAGAGAACUGGUUGGACGCUUGUUAUACCUAACGAUCACACGCCCGGACAUUACCUAUGCUGUGAAUCAACUUAGCCAGUUUCUCUCGGCUCCUACUGAUGUUCAUCUUCAGGCUGCUCAUAAAGUGCUACGCUACAUCAAGAACAAUCCUGGACAGGGAUUGAUGUAUGCAGCGGAUUCAGAAUUAUGCUUGAAUGGUUUUGCGGAUGCAGACUGGGGAACGUGUAAAGACAGUCGACAAUCAAUCACUGGUUUCUGCAUCUAUCUUGGUACUUCUCUCAUCUCUUGGAAGUCUAAGAAGCAAACUGUUGUUAGCAGGAGCAGUACUGAAGCUGAGUAUAGAAGUCUUGCUUUGGCGACUUGUGAGAUCAUAUGGCUGCAGCAACUUCUUCGCGAUCUACACAUCAGAGUAACCUCUACCGCUAAGUUGUUCUGUGAUAACAAAUCAGCCAUUCACAUCGCUUCAAAUCCCGUGUUUCAUGAGAGAACGAAACACAUUGAGAUCGAUUGCCACACCGUACGCGAUCAACUCAAAGCAGGCAAUCUGAAGAUGUUUCAUGUUUCUAUUGGGAAUCAACUAGCAGACAUUCUAACGAAGCCCUUACAUCCAGGUCCUUUCUAUUCUCUACUUCGACGGAUGUCUUUGUCAAGCCUUUAUCUUCAGCAAGCAAGUGAUGAUGGAGUUGAAGACAAUGCAGUGAUAAAGGCUUGA